AUGUCCCUGGCUACCGGUGAAACCGAGCAUGUACACAGCCAGCAUGUCUAUACACUCGCCGGACAAGUGAAAGAUGGGGAGGCAUAUCGGCUAGUGCCUGAGAAUGGAACUACCCCGGAAUUGUUGCUUGAGCCAUCUAGGAUCGUGGUAGCGAAUGAAGACGAGAUCAUUUUUGUGAAGCCCCGAGACCUCGGGGAUAAGAACGCCCUUCCGCAGCUGGAUUCCGUUCGAUGCCACCAAUUACCGGAAAGCUUCAAGAAACUCUGGUCAUCCCAAUGGCUCAAUCCGGAUCCGAAGAGUAGGCUUCCGAAAGAACGACUUCGAGUGAUCGUGUCGACCCUCUCUGGCCUUGGUCAGUCUCAAAGAUUUUACGAGGAAACGAUCCUACCACUCCUGAAACGCUUGGAGAUCGACUUUGACCCUCAUUUCACCGAAUCCCCAUGGUCCGUAUCGGAAAUCACGGAACGUGAAAUCCUACCGAAGGCACUAAAAGGGGAGAAGCAAUCGGUCCUGUUGCUUUCCGGCGAUGGUGGCAUUGUGGACAUGGUCAACACCCUCCGCGGCGCGAUGGAUCGAUCACAAGAGCAUGGAGCGCAGUCCCGGUACCGCAACCCUUCCAUCUUCCUCAUCCCAAUGGGGACCGGCAACGCCCUCGCCAACUCCACCGGCAUCCUAAACGACGAGACCACCGGCCUGUCUACCUUCCUCCGCGGCAUCCCGCACCCCCUCCCCCUCAUGCGCGUCUCCUUCUCUCCCGAUGCGAAACUCCUCGCCAACGAAGCCACCGAGGAGGAAGAUCUCCCUCGCGACGCAGCCACCGGCCAGCAUCUCCUCUACGGCGCGGUGGUCUGCAGCUGGGGCGUUCACGCCAGCCUCGUCGCCGACAGCGACUCACAGGAAUACCGCAAGUUCGGCAUCGCCCGGUUCCAGAUGGCGGCGCGCGAGGCGCUGUUUCCCGGCGACGGAAGCCCGCCACAUACGUACCGCGGGGUGGUCAGCGUGCUCACCGAGGAAGGUCGAUGGGCGCCGAUGGAGCGCAGGGAGCACAUGUACGUGCUGACGACGCUGGUGUCUGCAUUGGAGAAGGGGUUUAGCAUUUCUCCGGCGUCGAUGCCCAUGGAUGGGAAGCUGCGGGUGGUGCAUUUUGGGCCGGUGGGGGGGAAGGAGUGUAUGCGGAUUCUGACGGAGGCGUAUCAUGGAGGGGCGCAUGUUAAGGACCCGAGUGUGGGAUAUGAGGAGAUUCAGGGGCUGCGGGUGGACUUUGCGGACUUGGAGUCGGAUAGUCGCUGGCGGAGGGUCUGUGUUGAUGGGAAGAUCAUUCGCGUUGGCGGGAAUGGGUAUUAUGAAGUGAGGCGAGAUCCUCUGUGGGUGGGAAACGACAACCCGCAAGGAUCGAAUACUCCGUUCUAUCAGCUGCACCCGGCCUGGCGUCAACGGGUUUCGGAGACGCAACAGGCUAGGAGGAUGCUGCUAUUGCACCAGGUGGGGAGUGUAAAGGUUGGAGAAGUGGUCCGCUAUCAUCUCACCUAUACACCGGCAGCCGAUCGCAUCCUCCCUAGUCCGGAGAAGUUGUAUGUUAGGAUUCGCAAUACCGCCGCCCUCCCCCUCCGUGCUGCAUAUCUUCACGGUCCCUACAAUCUCUACGUUGCAACCUAUCCUGCAACCUUCGAUCCGAAUUCAAAACUCGAAGACCCGAAACAACAUGGAGUCCCAGAGUAUGAGCCCUUCCUCAAAGCAGGAGGUUCGUGGAUGUCAAAGUUGGUGGUCCCCGAAGACAUCCGCAUUAGUGGCCAUAGACCAGAUGAUGAUACACGCGGGAGCGUGGAUUAUGACAACCCAAGGAGCGUGACGUGGAUUAUUGAGAUCGCGUCCCAGAUCAUCUUCUCCGCGACCGCGUCGGUGAACUUCGAGUUGCUCGUGGGCCGGGACGAGCGGUCGCUCGAGCUAGGUUACGCUCCGGUCGCAAAUGGUGGGAAGGCCGAUCCGGGAAAGAUUCCGGACUAUUUGUUACGCCAUCACCACCAUCCGGUAGCCGGGCACCACGUUCAUGCGACGCAUCAAAAGCCGAGCCGGAACGGCAUCUUCUCAAAGGCGGUGGAUCUGCGCGUGGAGGACACAGCAGCUCUUUGGUCGAAACCGUCGUUGCCGGUGUGGGACCAUGAGUGUACGGACGAUGGUCACCAUGGCUGUUGCUAUCUCAAGGAGAAGGUCAAGAAACAAAAGAAGAUUCAUUUAGUCAUCUUGACGCAUGGCCUGCAUAGUAACUUGGGUGCGGAUAUGCUUUUUAUGAAGGAGAGAAUCGAAGCCGCGGCUCGAGAAGCUAAGAAAGCAAGGAAGAGGAAGAAUGAAAGCACAGGGACAGGUCCUGAAAGUCGCGAUGGUCCAGCUUUGCACCGCUCAGCGACCGACGACUCCACUGCUUCAAACCGCACAGUCCGGCCUGAAGGCGAUACCCUGAUCCAGACGGGCGAAGACGAAGACGAGGAUGUCAUGGUCCGUGGCUUUCAUGGCAACGCAGCGAGAACCGAACGAGGCAUUCAGUACCUUGGGAAGAGGCUUGCGAAGUAUAUUUUGGAGCUCACCUACCCGCAUCAGCCGUAUCUACCAAUGAAGAGGUCCAUGUCACAACGAAUAUCCGGGAACUUCCAGAGCGAUAAAGCAGGGGAACCCGAGGCUCACGCCGGCAGCUCGAUCCGUCAAAGUGACCCAAAAUCCGACGAACUUGCUGAGAAGUUGCCAUAUCGGUAUACAAGCAUCAGCUUCGUCGGACAUUCAUUGGGAGGCGUCAUUCAGAUGUAUGCAAUCGCAUACAUCCAAAAGCACUCUCCCAAAUUCUUCGAGCGGAUCCAGCCGGUCAACUUCAUCUCCCUCUCUUCGCCCUUGCUCGGUCUGAGCAACGAGAACCCCAUGUACGUGAAGUUCGCCUUGGACUUUGGACUCGUCGGCCGAACUGGCCAAGAUCUCGGUUUAACCUGGCGAGCCCCGACCCUCGCGCGCAAUGGUUGGGCAGCCAUGGUCGGAGGCCUGGGUUCCGCCGCACAGAAAGAUCAGCGCGAGGAAGAUCCGGGCGCGAAGCCUCUGCUACGAAUCCUCCCAACCGGGCCAGCGCAUCAGGUCUUGAAGUUGUUUCGGAAUAGGACCCUGUACUCGAACGUUGUUAACGAUGGCAUCGUCCCGCUUCGAACCAGUUGUUUGCUCUUCCUUGACUGGAGAGGACUCGACAAAGUGGAGAAAGCUAGGAGAGAAAACGGGUUCGUUGGCACGAUGGCCGGCUGGGGAUGGGCUGAGAUUACGGGUCAAAAUGCGUCACAUUCACCACUGUCACCCAAACCAGCUCCAGCCAAGGACUCGGAAAGUCAAGAAAGUGAAGGGUCGGAAAGCCUAAGACCUGACCGGGACAGCUCGACGGUGCCUCAACCCGGUGAGGAUGUUACUAAUAUGGACGAUGAAUCGCAAACCAUUACGCGAGGAAAGAGCAUAGUCGGCGAGAAUUUUCCGGUCCGACAAUCAGCCUUGGACCAAAAACCUACUCCGAACCCCCCUAGUAUUACUGCCUUUGGCAGCUUUCUGAAUUUCUUUCGACCGAGCGGAGAGUUGACCAAGAAGGAUCAUAAGAUGUUCACCAGAAGUCAAACCGUGAAGAUGGACGGUACUGAUGAGAAUUCGCCGCGCAAUGAACCAGAACGUGCAAGAGACGAUCAAGACCUCGAACGGCAAUCGAAGCGUCCAACCGUUUCGAUGGGCGAUUCAGUACUGGACGAUCCGCAAAACGUCAAUGCACCCCCGAAGACCACCAUAUUUGAAUCAGCUGGAGAUAUCCUGAGCCCACCGCUUCCUCCCCUUGAGUUUAUCCUCGACCCUUCUGCUCGUCCCCGAACCAUCUUCCAUGACCGAAUCUACCGUCCCGAUGACAUCCCACCCCCACCCCUACGCCGAGUAAAUCGUGGGACGAGAUCGUUUUCCGGGGACUGGAGCGGCUUAAAAUCCCCGACCCAAGGAUCUCAAGAGUCGGCCAAGAGCGGGAGCUCGGGCAUGAAAGUGGAAGAGAAGAUUGCCCGGGCGUAUCACAAAAAUCUGACGUGGCGAAAGGUUCUGGUCCGGCUGGAACCGGAUGCUCAUAACAACAUCGCCGUCCGUCGCAUGUUCUCCAAUGCGUAUGGGUGGCCGGUGGUCAAGCAUCUUUGCGAUACCCAUUUCGGCGAUACAUAUACUGCCGUCACCCGUGAUGAGGAUGAACCUGUCGUCGACCGUGCAGGCACGAGCCCUCAUCUCAAUGAGCAUGGUAAUGAAGUUUCCGGGCAAACCGCAUCCACAGCCCCCAAGGUCAAAGACGGCGAACUUCAAGAACAAGAUGACGAGGUCACGCAUCUCCCCCUGCGGCCGGUGACCAGCGACACAACGCGGACCGCCGAAUCCAGCUUCAGCGAUACCGACACGAGCAUCUGGGACGACCGCUAUUUCGGCGAGACCAGCGAGGAUGAAGAUGCCGUUGCUGGACCGUUGCGGUUCUUGAAUGCCGCACCGCAGAGGCGAGGGAAGGGAAAGGAGAAAAUCCGGCCCCUGGACGCGGGAGCUCUACGACAGCCUGGAACAGCUGUUCUGGGAACCAGCGGCCCGGGCUCACCGCUUGCUCAUGAACAGAUUACGGAUACAUUGACUGCGUCUCCGCGGCCGAUGGAAGGGCAUCGGGGGCUAGCUCCAUUUUCCAAGGCGCCGGAACCGCCGCGGGGUAAUCCGGUGAAGGGGGAAGAAUCAGAGCCGACGACUCCGGUCGUCGGGGUCGCUGCGGUCUCGUCGCCGACUGAGUCUUCUCAAGCGGCAUCUCCGCCAGCUGCUGUUGGUCAAGUCGGUCUACGGAACUCUAGGGAGGUAAUGAAAGCCGAAGAGGUGGACGGCGUGAGCAAGAAAGUCACGCGUCUGAGUAUGUCGGAAGGGGAUUCACCAAAUGGACAUGUAUAA